AACAUAUUGAGGUUUAAGCUCUCUAUUUUCUGAGUGACUCUCCUUUCGCCUGCUACGCCAAUGAGAAACUCAGCAGAACUAAUAAUACAAGUGAUGGGUAAAAUAACAAGAGAAAUUCAAUCAAUUUGGUUUGUGCACAGUUACGUUUUGUGACUUCAUCUCAAAUGGCCUCAUCAUGGCAGCCCGGGGGCCCCUGUAUCAUCAGGUCCAAUCGUGUGUUACAAACACACAGAAAAAACGUGGGCCAAUGCUUAUCAUACCAUCACUUCCUGCUCGAUGUAGUUUGGUUGAGGAGAAAAAGCAGAGCGCUUGCACAAGCAGUUCGGCAAUCCAAUGCGGUACGAAUAUAAUUCACUGUGACAAGAUGCCUACAGUGCAGCACAUUUCUGAAGACCGCUGGAACAUAAAAACAUACAAAUAUUUGUUUUGAAAAAAAAAAAAAAAAAAAAAACUGCAAGUGAUUCGGCUUUUAAAUUCGGAGAUUUGUGCAGAGAACGGUAACACAAUGUCUAGAGGUAAUCUUUGGACAACUUUUAAGUCAGUCCUUAGAACGCCCAACGAUGGUCCGUUGGAUCUCGACGACGCCACUUCAUUUGAUUUCUCGGGCGAAGUGCUGGACGAGGAGUUACCCAAGUUCAACCAACUCAGAGUGGUGGUAUCGGAUGAGAUGAGUGACUCUUCUCCGGGCAUUCCUCACGCUGCCUCGGCUGUCAACGGCAGACGUAUUCAUUCAGCAGUAUCAGAGGAUGAUUCUAUCCUGGGUUCCUCGUCAAGCCUUCAGAACCAGGGGAUUCAGUUGGACCAGUGUGAUGGAUGCACAAAGAAAAAAGAGCAAUUCAAACAGAAAAAAGUGAAAAAGAAGCUAGCUUUCGCUGCUAUUUUAUACUUUCUCUUUAUGAUAGGAGAACUUAUAGGUGGUUAUGUCGCCAAUAGCCUAGCGAUUAUGACUGAUGCGCUGCACAUGCUAACGGAUCUCAUCGCUAUUGUUGUGUCCUUGCUUGCAUUGUGGCUGUCAGCAAAACCACCAACUAAGAGGUUCACUUUUGGAUUGCAUCGUCUAGAGGUCAUUUCUGCAGUUGUCAGUGUGUUGCUCAUAUACAUUCUCGCAGCAGUCCUGCUGUAUGAAGCUGUUCAGAGAACUAUCCACCAGGAUUUUGAUAUUGAUGGGGAUGUGAUGCUCAUUACUGCAGCAGUUGGUGUUGCAGUGAACCUAAUAAUGGGAUUCAUACUGAAUCAAACAGGACACCUCCAUUCCCACUCCCACGGGACCUCGCAGCACGCUACCAGCUCAGGACAAGGGGGGCAUGGGCACAGCCAUGGCAAGAGUCACGGCAGCCUGGCAGUGAGAGCUGCCUUCAUACACGCCUUGGGAGACCUGGUUCAGAGUGUCGGGGUGCUGGUGGCAGCUUAUAUCAUCCGCUUUAAGCCAGAGUACAAGAUUGCGGACCCUAUCUGCACCUAUGUGUUCUCCGUGCUUGUGCUGUUUACAACCUUACGAAUCAUGUGGGAUACUGGGAUUAUUGUACUGGAAGGUGUUCCGAAGCAUUUGGAUGUGACCAGUAUCAAAGAAGAUCUGUUGAAACUGGAAGACGUGUAUUCAGUAGAUGAUCUCAAUGUCUGGGCGUUGACCGCUGGCAAAACGGCUGCAGUCGUGCAUUUACAGCUCAUUCCAGACAGCUCAACCAAGUGGGAAGAAGUGCAAUCAAAGGCCAGGCUUCUCCUCCUGAACACAUAUGGAAUGUAUAAGUGCACUAUUCAGGUACAAAGCUUCAGGCAGAGACUCCCUCAACUGUGUGUGAAAUGCCAGUGUUCUAGUGCUUGAUGAUCCAGGAUCUUCCUGAGCAUCACAUAUGCAGAACAGUUUGGAACAGUCAUUGGAUUUCUCAGACUUGGUUGCUAAGCUGCGGAAGUAUGGCAAGGUGAUGUCACUGAGAGGUUGAGUGGAGCACAACUGCCAGCUUUCUGAUAGAGAUUUAAUACACAAGCAGCUGAGUAAUUCUUACCUUUUAUGUGGACUUGUAGUUGUAUUGCUACCUUAAUUCUACUUUUGGUAUAUUUUUAUUUGAUUAUUAUGUAUCAUUAAAUGGGCCAGCACAUGCCUGUUUUAUUCAGGGCUUUAAUUUGGUAUGUCUUCUGUUCAUUUCUGCAAAGAUUUAUUUUAAGCCAGUAGCACACAUAAGUAGCACAGACAAAAGAGAUUAAUUUGCAUUUAUUAUUUACCUAUGUUUACAUAUCUUUGUUUAGAUACUCUGUACUGCAUUAGAUCACGACUGACAUGAAUCAAAUUAAUGACACUGUACACCCCCUGAUUUCUCGGAGCACCGUUUUCAUGAAUGGCUUAAAGGGGUGCUCGGCAGUGGUGUGAACUGUAACUUUUUCAGCACUUUAACUCCUCGUGAAACAGACUACAAACUCUGUAAAUCAUAUAUAAUUAGUUUUUGUCUCUGAUUUGCAAUAUGUUGAAAUGUGUAACCGAUAUUUAUAUCACUUACAGAAAUGCAUAUUAUUAUUAUUUUAUUAUUACGAUACAAUUGAUUACUUCACAAUUUCAACUGUCGCUACUCUGAAGACUACAAUUUGACAUCUGCUGCUGUUGGCCUUCCAGUUGGUGUUAGUAGAGUUAUAAAAGGCAGACUGUGUAUGUUUGGGCGCCCCCUGGUGCAGGAGUUGUAUAUGCAAAUCAGAUACUUGAAUUUGUUUUAACAUGGCCAAACUUAAUUUUGUUAUGAUAUGCAGAAGAUGAGUUUGCCGUUGUAUGCAGCCUCACUGUUUUAAUGGUGCCUAAGUAUUUUAAUCUACAAUUUGUGCCAAUAACUCACAAAAGGUACCUUCUUGUUAUAUUGUUUUGAUGUAGAAAAGAAAGCACUUGGAAGUAACAACAUUGCACAGACAUGACUGGUGCAAUAUGCAGUAUUUAACACAAAUGAAUCAUUUGUUUUUUCAAUUUCUAAAUGCAUAAAUAACAUUAUUGAAUUAAAGAUGCUGCAUUUAUGUUUUACUUCACCUGAGAAGUAACAUUUUAUGUAAUAGGUGACAAAGCUUUAUUGCAUUUAAUAAAGUUGUACAUAUUCACUGAGUAUAUGAAUGAAGAGAAGUUUACAUUUUGAAUUAAUUGUACUUGAAUACCCUCUUCAUCUCAUUUCUCAAUUAAAAUGCAUACUGUGUU